CCUCGUCCUCGCUUGGAUACGAGUAAGCGUCGGUCCGUGGUCGCUACGGAGGGAGGGAUGGUAGUUAAAAGACACUUUUGUUCGCUUUCCCACGCAGCUAGGAUAACUUACUGUCAUGACAGUCUGUGGGAAACGCUCGUCGGUCGUUUGGGCAACGACUCAACCAAGUUUUAACGUUUAUCCAGCCACGUUUUGUCGCUACUAGUACGUUGAUCUCUCUUGGCAUGACAGAUAAAUAUUAGUUAGCAUGCUACUGGGCUAGCCACCCAGCCUCAGCAACACACAGCGACCACGCCUGCCAGUGACAGUGUGGCUGCAGGUUCCUAGGCAGACAUGGGCAAACUGCAGAGCAAGUUUCGCAAGAGGUCUGAACUCUACAGGGCAUCUCAGGGGGAGAAGGCAGAUAAUACCUUUGACAGUCAGGUGGUGCAGUAUGAACCUGCCCAUCAAGGAUCUAUCAGCACUGUCACAAAUCUCAGCCCAGAUCUGUGUGUUUCUGGUGGGAGUGAUCAGGCUGUGGUGGUGUAUGACUGGAAACAAGGCCGGAUGUGUCAGUCCUUCCAGGGUCACAACCGAGAGGUUACCAAGGUGAUGUGUUAUCCAGGCAGUACAUGGAUCUUUAGUGCUUCACGGGACAAGACUGUUCUGAUGUGGGACCUAAACCAGGGGGAUGAACCUAUUCAGGAAUUUUGUGGGCAUGAGUUGGUGGUCAAUGGACUAGCUAUCAGCCCUGAUGGGAGAAAGCUGUGCACUGGUUCUCGUGACAACUGGAUGUGCCUGUGGGAUAUAGAAUCUGCAAAAUGUGAACAGAGACACAACAUCUCGAGAAACCUGGUGACUCAUGUGUGUUGGGUGCCAGGCAGCUCCUCUAUAGUCCAGACCUCUGAGGAUAAGACCAUAAGGGUGUGGGACAGCCGUGCAUGGCAGGUGACCAAUACUUUUCCAGCCAAGCAAUACAUCCAGACCCACUGUGACGUCUCUCCAAAUGGAAACUAUUUGGUGUCCAGCAGCAACGGCUUUGGAGGGCAGGGCUGUGAAGCCACGCUCUGGGACCUGCGUCAGCCUGGCUGCAAGGUUGUGGAGUACAGAGGCCAUCUCCAAACCACAGCCUGCUGUGUGUUUCUACCUACGCCCCCUGGUGGCACAGCUCAGGUAGCAACAUCCUCCCAUGACAGCUCCAUCAAAAUCUGGGAUCAGAACACAGCAGUUUGUUUAGGGACACUGUCUCUGGAUGGUGCCGGUCCACUGGUUUCUCUGGCUCCAAGUGACUCCACCAAUCUGCUGUGUGCCAGCUUCAACAAUGGGCUCAACCAGAUCCAGGUGGGCCAGGGAUCAAACCAGGCUCAGAGUUCUGGAGUAGGUUCAGGUGGGGCAGUUGGCCUGGACAUUAAAGUUGUGGCACGUUUCUGAGAGCCCAGCAGAGCCUGGUGUGACUUGUAACCCCGACCUAUGAACAGCCAGUGACUCAGAAAGCACUAUCACUCGAUGCAAACACCAUGUCAGUUCUUUCUUAGAUUUUUAAUAAAUUUUACACAUUUCCAUAGACAUUUUUGCUUUGCUAGACUGCCAUACAGUGAAGAAUGACAGAGGAGAUCAGCAAGAAAGAGGAGGAUGAAAAUAACGUGCACAGAGGAUGCACCUUUUGUCCAACAGAGCCAUCUGGAUACUUGUCACAUUUGUUCUGCAGGGAGACUAUAAACACCAAAAUCCUCAUGCUUGGACUGUUGCAUUUUUGGACCAAGCCAGAUGAACCAGGAUUUACUUAAUUUAUACACUACUUCAGCUAGGUGGUGGUGACGAGAUACUUCAUUCACAUGCUGUAUUGCUUUUAUUGAAGGUGCUGAACACAGGUUCAGAAGACAUCUUAAUGCGGCGGGAGUGGUUUUGAAAUUUUUGUUUUUUCAGUUUUUUUUUUUCCUGGAUUAAAAUGUAUUAGUUGCAGUCAGAUUUGCAGUCUUGUUUGUCAAACGCUUUGUGGAAAGAUGUUGUUAUCACCAAAACGGAGUAAUGAGGAACACGUGUAUGCAGAUAAUAGUGUAGCCAUUGAUUAAUUUGUACUCUAGCUUUAUCCUGACAAGUGUUAAAAUGAGUAGCUAUGAUACAGGACUGUAUGAACAUGCUUUGUUUUUGGGUAGAUUUCAAUCGAUAAUGGUUUUUAAGAUACAGAUUCUGUUAUUUUUAAACUGACGCAGAUGAUGGCUGAAGUGCUGAUAUCCAGUAUAUUUAAAUUAAAAAAAAAUACUAUGCAAAAUACAAGAGUAGUUCCCUUUUUGAUAAAAUACUGUUUGAAUAAACAAAUGUGAAUUAAGAAAAUACCGAAAGUAUAUAAAUGAAUUUCAAAUAAAGCUGCUUGACCUGUCAACAUAAAACCUGCUACCAGUUAAGUACUUAAGAUAGUGUUUGACAAGGUUUUACGAUGAUUUUUUUUUUUUUAAUAAUAUGGUGUUUCUACUCUGCUAUUAACAACAGCUAUUUAACUUUUUGUUAGAAUUAGCAAUCCAGACCUGCUGUGGUUUAGCUAGCAAAUGCUGAUGUUAAUAUUAGCAACCUUAAGUGAAUUAAUUUGGCUUCACAUUACAUUCCUAUCUUAACUGAUUAUUGUCAGGACAUGAGUGAAAACACUCUUGUAUUUGAAGUGUAACUUAAAUGCUGAUACUUUCUCAGGUUCAACUGCUUAAAAAUGACAUGAUACACCUUUUGUUUGUAGAUGUCCUGGUGACAAUCUCUCCCAAAGGCUGUGGUUGCUAUAUCAUCCCAUUCCAUUUUAGAGAAUUUUCUGCAACUAGGGGAACAAAAUGGACAAAAAGAUCAGGAGAUGGAUCAAAUUAACCCGUUUAGUGGUAAUGCACUCUCAGGUGUUUCCAAAUGCACUCGUAUAAAUGUUAAUCUGAGGACAUCUACUGGUUUAUUACCUACUGAGCAUUGGCUUUUUCCAGGAAGAUGAGAUACAGCAACAAAAGCUUGCAGGUUAGAGCGAAAACUUAGAGGUGCAAUAAGAAAACUCAGUCAACUGUGAUGUGUGGCUUUGUCAUGUGGUCCACAAUCAAUAAUUCAUUAUUUUUUCAUUCAGUGUUUUUCUAAAAUGCAACAAAAACUACAAGCUGUAGGGAACAAAAGGUGAUCAGACAUUUCAUUUUGUGAGAAUGUACUAAAAAUCUCUAGUUGGUUCGAUUGUAUCUUUGUUUGGUACAUUACGAUUAAGCAAUAAAUUCUUAUGUCUGAGGAGUAAAUAAUG